AUGGCGACCCUGGCGGAGAAGCUGGAGAAGAUCAAGUCUCCCAAGCUGCAGAACCAGCAACAUACGGCUGUCGUGCUCUCUGCAGUUGAAGACACACUCCGCGAUCAGAAAGCCGAUUUUUCUGCCACAGCUUAUUUCGCCGCGCUGUUGGCGCUUCUUGGCCAGUCGAUCUCCGCUACCCAAGGCAUUGUCAACAAGGACCUCGCUACAUCCGUUGUGUAUCUGCUCGACAUCACCACCACAUAUGUCCCUGCACCGAUCCUUCGCUCCAAAUUCUCUCAUAUCCUGACCAGUCUCGCGCCGGCGCUCUCCCUGCCCGAAGUCGAAGCCCCGCUCCUCCGUCCGUCGAUCGGCUGUCUCGAGUCUCUCCUCGUCGCCCAAGAUGUCGCGGCCUGGCAACUCCCACACACCCAAAUCAGCCCCCGUCGGGCCAUGGCUGGCUUGCUGAGCUUGUCGGUUGAUCACCGCCCCAAGGUCCGGAGACGUGCCCAGGAUGCUUUGAUCAAGGUCCUCAAGACCCCUCCCCCCAGCCCCUCUUUGGACCACCCGGCUGCCGACAUGUGCGCGGAGACUGCUAUGCGUACUCUGGGUGAUAGCAUCGCGGCGGCCGCCAAGGCGAAGCGUGGUCGCAACGACCCCCAGAACCGGGACAACCACGACCCUCUCGUCAUCCACUCCCUGCAACUCGUCAAGACGAUUGCCGUCGCUUCAGGCGGCUGGCCGAGCAAGAAGAUUGAGCCGCUGUGCGAGCUCCUGAUGAACGCCUCCCGGUCUACCAACGAGUAUAUCACCAUGGGCGCCUUCGAGGUCUUUGAGGUCAUCUUUUCCAGCAUGGCCAACGACUUCUCGUCCUCCAAGCUUCCUCGCCUGCUGGAGGCGAUCACCGACCUCAAGCCCGCACAGAACGACUCGCAGCUGCUCCCUCCCUGGAUCGCCGUCUUGUCGCGCGGAUACGAUGUGUCCGCUCAAACCAGCCCCGAGGAUACCUUCGAGAAGCUCCCUGGCCUAUUCAACAUGAUCUCCGGCUAUCUCGCCUCCCCCUCGCGCAACAUUCGUGUGUCCGCAUCAGAGUGCUUGGUCUCGUUCCUUGCAAACUGCAUUCCUAAGAAUGUUAUUAUCGAGCCCUCGGUCUACGAUGAGAAGACACUCGAGAAGCUGGCUAAGGCUGCUAUGGACCUUCUCUCUGUGAAAUAUCAGGCCGCCUGGGCCGAAGUGUUCAAUGUUUGCGCGGCCAUGUUCGACAGCUUCAAGUGGCGCUCGAGCCCCUUCCUUGAUGACAUUGUCAAGACGAUCGGUGAGCUCCGCACCAACGAGUCGUUCCACGGAAAGAAGGAGGCGGAUAAUGUCCUGGGUAGUGCUAUUGAGGCCAUGGGUCCCGCGGCAGUCUUGGAGAUUCUGCCUCUGAACAUCAUCACCCAGAAGCCCGGCCAGCCCGGUCGUGUCUGGUUCCUCCCUGUUCUUCGUGAUAACGUCACCAACACUAACCUUUCUCACUUCCGCUCUGAGUUCGUUCCCCUGAGUGAAGCUCUGUACCAGAAGGUCAUGGCCUACAGCUCCGCCGAGAAGGAUGUGGAGAUGAAGAUCUUCGAGACCCUCGUUCAGCAGACCUGGGCUAUCCUGCCCGGUUACUGCGAGCUUCCUCUGGACUUGAUCGAGUCGUUCGACCAGAGCUUUGCUGAGCUUCUUUCCAACGUUCUCUACAAGCAGACGGAGCUGCGUGUUGACAUCUGUCGUGGUCUGCAGAACUUGGUUGAGUCCAACCAGGCCAUAUUGUCCCUUGAAGAGGAGGGCGAUGACCUGAUCCUUCAGCGCAGAAUCACCAAGGAAAUGGCUGCCAAGAACAUUGCCCAUCUGGCCGGCUUUGCCAGCAACUUGUUGGCGGUUCUGUUCAACGUCUACAGCCAGACUCUUCCCCACUACAGAGGCUUCAUUCUUCAGUGUAUCAAUGCUUAUCUGAGCAUUACCCCCGAGAAGGAGCUCAAUGAAACCUUUGCGCGUGUUGCGUCUAUGCUCGAAUCCUCUGUGGUUUCCGAGCAGGAAGAAGCCAAGCAGGGCACCCAGCAGCCCAGCUCUGGCAACAAGAUGCCCCCUACCUCCCACACUCUGAUCGAUCUCGUGAUUGCUAUGUCCAUCUAUCUGCCGCGUUCUAGCUUUGCCAGCUUGUUUGCCAUGGCUGCGGCCAUUCUCAACGGACAGACUGGUGAUCAGCAAUUGAUCAAGAAGGCCUACAAGCUCAUUCCCCGUCUUGCUACGACGGAUGCUGGCAAAGCCGCGCUCCAAGAACGGAGUGGUGAACUUCAGACCCUGAUCCUGUCUACCGCCGACAAGACACCGUCGUCUGCCCGCCGCGACCGCAUGCUGGCUGUUCACGAGCUUAUCACUUACCUGCCCACUUCUGACUUGCACUUCAUCCCCGCCGUUCUCUCUGAGGUUGUCCUGGGUUGCAAAGAGAGCAACGAGAAGACCAGAACUGCGUCCUUCGACCUGCUCAUCCACCUUGCGCAGAGAGCGACUGACUCGGAACGCAACCCGGCUGGCACCGUCAUCCGUAACUCCCUUGUGCCUCACAUGCCCGACAACGCCCCCGAUGCCCCCGCCACCAUUGAGGAGUUCUUCACCAUGGUUUCUGCUGGUCUGGCCGGUAGCUCACCUCACAUGGUUGCCGCGUCCGUCACGGCUCUGUCGCGCCUGUUCUUCGACUUCCACACUCAGCUCUCUGGUGCCAUGAGCACCGAUCUUGUGCAGACCGUGGAGCUCUUCCUUACCAGCAACAACCGUGAGAUCGUCCGAUCCGUCCUGGGCUUUGUCAAGGUCGCGGUUGUGGUUCUGUCCGAUGAGGAUCUCCGUGCGCGCCUGAGCAGCCUGGUCCCCAACCUGAUGGUCUGGAGUAAGGAGCACAAGGGUCGUCUCCGCAGCAAGGUCAAGGGUAUUCUCGACCGCCUGAUCCGCCGCUUCGGCGCCGCCCCGAUUGAGGAGCUGGUCGGCGAAGCCGACCGCAAGUUGGUGGUCAACAUCCGGAAGCAGCGCGAGCGCCGCAAGAAGAAGAGAAAGGAGGGCGAGCAAGGCGACGAGGACGAGGACGAGGAGAAUGCUGGUGCCGCCGGUGGGGCCGACAACAACGCCAAGGGUGGCCGCACCUACAGCAACGCCUUCGACAAGGCUGUGUACGACUCCGAUUUCUCCGACUCGGACGACGACGCUAGCGAGAUCGACGUCGAUGAGCAAGGUGGCACGCACGCCCGCGGUCGCGGUCGCGGCAACCAGAACAGCAACAGCAACAACGGCCGGAGAUCCAAGCAGAGCGAGCAGUACAUCCGCGAGCUCUCCCCCGAGGACAACCCGCUCGACCUGCUCGCGCCCGACGCCCUGGCCAGCAUCUCGACCACGAAACCCAGUGUGCGCUUCCUCAACACGGGCCCUGGAUCCCGGAAGAAGCGGAACGCCAAGUUCGGCCCCGACGGCCGUCUCCUUCUAGGUGACGACGACGACAAAGGGGACGUUUCCACCGCCUUGGACGAUAAUAACGGCGGGGAGAGCGGCAUCAACGCCUACGUCCAGGCCGUCAGUGGUCCUGACGCCGUCCGCCGCGGUCAGCGCGGUAAGCUCAGGAUGGCGCAGUCGCAGAAGAAGAAGGGUGGUGGUGGCGACGACAUGGAUCUGGAUGAGGAUGACACCGCCGCCGUCGCGGCCGCGACCAGCUCGCGGCCCGGCCCCGGGCGUCGUGGUCUGGGCGUGCCCAAGUCCCACGGCCCCAGCGGUGGUGGUCGCAUUGAGAAGCGUCGGGAUGGUCGCGGCGGUCGACCCAAUGGCCGCGGCGGCGGUGGUGGUGGUGGUGGUCGCGGUGGUGGCCGUGGUGGCCGCGGAGGCGGAUUCCGUGGUAGUGGAGGGUUCCGUGGAAACAGAAGAUAA